AGCUCAGGAUUCAUCAUGUCUAAAGUGUGGAUUGGGCUGCUGGUAUGUGUGUGUGUCUGUCUGCGUGUUACAGCACAACCAAGUCUUACGACGUUUUUACUUGAUAAUGGUGAUGAUGAUGAUGAUCAGACGGGGAAAGAGAAGCCAGAUCUACGGAGUCAUGAGAUCGAGAUGCAGAAUGUGACGAUAGACUGCAAGGUGGUGUCCAGAUUUGCCCACACAGUCAUGACAUCCACAGCUCUGAACAAGGCCAACGUCUCACAGGAAGUCUUCUUCGUGGUGGAGUUACCCAAGACGGCCUUCAUCACCAACUUCAGCAUGGAGAUUGAUGGAAAGACCUAUGUAGGAGAGGUUAAAGAGAAAGAGAAGGCCAAGAAGGAGUAUGAGACGGCUGUGUCCUCUGGACAUACAGCUGGACUGGUAAAAGCUUCAGGCCGAAAAAUGGAGAAGUUUUCUGUCUCUGUGAACGUUGCAGCCAACAGCAGUGUCACAUUCACGCUUACGUAUGAGGAGCUCCUUCAACGCCGGCUUGGCAAAUAUGAGCUCAUGACCCGAGUCAAACCCAAACAGCUGGUCCAGCACUUUGAGAUUGUUGCUACCGUCUAUGAGCCCCAGGGCAUUACAUUUCUGGACACGAAUGUCACAUUCAUCACUAAUGACCUGCUCCCUCUAGUGGAGAAAACAGUCACUGAUAAAAAGGCCCGUGUGUCCUUCUCUCCAACUUUGGACCAACAGAGGAAAUGCCCAGGCUGUGAUGGUACACUUAUAGAUGGGGAUUUCAUCAUCACAUAUGAUGUGAAACGUGAAGAGGAUUGGGGUGAUAUUCAGAUCGUGAAUGGUUACUUUGUACAUUUCUUUGCCCCAAGUGAUUUGCAACAAUUGCCAAAGAAUGUAGUGUUUGUAAUAGACAGGAGUGGCUCCAUGGAGGGAAGAAAAAUGACACAGACUCAAGAAGCACUCUUGACCAUUCUAGAUGACCUAUAUGAGGAAGAUCACUUUGGUCUGGUCAUAUUUGACAAUGAGAUUAAAACAUGGAGACCAUCAUUGAGCAAAGCUACAAAAGAAAAUAUAAAAGAAGCAAAACAAUAUGUCAGACAUAUAAGAGCAAGGCACAUGACGGAUAUCAAUGGAGCUGUUUUACAUGCGGUUGACAUGCUGAGUACAGCCAAGAGAAACAACUUCCUUCCGGACAGCAGCCCCUCCAUGAUCAUCCUACUGACUGACGGAGACCCAACUGCUGGAGAGAGGAAUCCAUCUGUGAUUCAACAAAAUGUCCGCAAUGCUAUUGGCGGAAACAUGAGCCUCUUCUGCUUGGGAUUUGGCUUUGAUGUACACUAUGGUUUUCUGGAUGUGAUGGCCAACCAGAACGACGGUUUGGCUCGGAGAAUCUACGAAGCCUCAGAUGCCGCACUACAGUUGCAGGGUUUCUAUAAAGAAGUGGCAAGUCCUCUCCUCUUAGACGUGAAUCUGCAUUACCCAGACAGCAUGGAGAAUUCCUUGACUACAAACCAGUUCAGGCAGUUCUUUGGUGGCUCAGAGAUUGUAGUCGCUGGCCGACUGAACGACUCUCAAGCGGACACGUUUCUCAUUGAUGUGUCAGCCCAAAUGCUGGGGGAGCCUUUUAUGGUCCAGGGCCAGGCCCAUGCUGAGGAAUGGGUUGCCAUGUUCCCUGAGCAAGAGUACAUUUUUGGAGAUUUCAUUGAGCAUCUCUGGGCAUAUUUGACCAUCCAACAACUCUUGAGCAAACAAGACAAGUGUACACCCCAGGAAUGUGAGAAUGUCACCGCUGAAGCACUGGAACUCUCACUAAAAUACAACUUCGUCACUCCACUCACAUCCAUGGUGGUCACUAAGCCGGAAACUAACACAACAUCAGAAGAUACAUUAAUUGCUGACAAACUGACAGAAGACCAACGUCUGGACUUUCCUGAUUUGCUCCAAUCGCAAACACACUCUGGUAUAAUUGCAAUGGGAUCUAGAGCAUCUCUAUCCACUGGCAGUGCAUCUGUACAUAAUCUUUUGCACAACACUCAUUUAGUUAUGAUAGGUUCGAAGCUUAAGGCUUUGGUUGAUGGAGAUCCUCACUUCAUCAUCGAGUUGCCAGAUCGGAAUGAUGCCCUGUGCUUCAAUACUGAUGAUAAACCAGGCACCAUCUUCAACCUAGUGAAAGAUCCAGUCUCAGGAUUGGUGGUGAAUGGGAAGACCAUUGGAGACAAGAAGGUGGAGCCUGGGAGCAAGCAGCACACCUACUUUGGUCAAUUUGGGAUUGUUCAUGAGAAAUUGGGCAUCAGAUUAAUGGUGACAACCCAAAAGAUCAUAGUGUCUGAGCAUGGCAUAGAACAACAAUUUGAUUGGUCACAAACAUCUAAUGUUAAAGGUGUAAACAUGGACCUUGAGGUAACCAAAGAUUACCGUCUCACAGUGACCCUGAAGGACACCUUGAAGUUUAUCAUCAUUUUGCACAAAGUGUGGAAGAUGCAUCCCUACCACCAAGACUACCUGGGCUUUUACACCCUGAACAGCCACAUACUUUCAGAAAGAGUCCAUGGUCUUCUUGGACAGUUUUUCCAUGGUGUAACAUUUGAAGUUAGUGAUGUCUUUCAAGGGAAAGAUCCAGACAAACCAGAUGCCACCAUGUUUGUGAAGGGCCACAAUCUCACAGUGACCAGGGGCUGGCAGAGAGACUUCAGAAAGUAUAUGAAGAAAGGAGAAAAUGUGCCCUGUUGGUUUAUUCAUAACAACGGCACAGGGCUCAUCGAUGGAGUCCUCGGAGAUUAUGUUGUCUCUGGUCUCUUUACAACUGUCCAAACAGCACGCACGAUCAUUGACCUCAUCAGCAGAGGUCCUGUUUUAUUUUCGGGCUCCUGCCGAACUACACAUUCAGGACUGAGCACAGGACGCAUCAUGCCUACAGCGUGGACUGUGUUGCUGAUCUGCAUCCCUCUUUACUUAUGUAUACCACAGGGAUCUUUUGGAGAAUUAAUUGUCUCAAGAGACAAUGAGCAAAAGGAAAGUGACGCCAUAAAAUUUAUAAAGAAACGAAGUGUGGACCCUGUUCAGAUAGAGGUGCAGAAUGUGAAGAUAGACUGCAAGGUGGCGUCUCGAUUUGCCCACACAAUCAUGACUUCCACAGCUCUGAACAAGGCCAACGUCUCACAGGAAGUUGUCUUCGAGGUGGAGUUACCCAAGACGGCCUUCAUCACCAAUUUCAGCAUGGAGAUUGAUGGAAAGACAUAUGUAGGAGAGGUUAAAGAGAAAGAGAAGGCCAAGAAACAGUAUGAGGCGGCUGUGUCAUCCGGACAGACAGCUGGCCUGGUCAAAGCUUCAGGCAGAAAGAUGGAGAAGUUUUCUGUCUCUGUUAACAUUGCAGCCAACAGCAAUGUCACAUUCACACUUACGUAUGAGGAGCUCCUUCAGCGCCGGCUUGGCAAAUAUGAGCUCAUGAUCCGAGUAAAACCCAAACAACUUGUUCAGCACUUUGAGAUUGUUGCUGAUGUCUAUGAGCCUCAGGGCAUUGCAUUUCUGGAUGCCUAUGGUACAUUCAUUACCAAUGAGCUACUUCCCCUGGUGGAGAAAACAGUCACUGACAAAAAGGCCCACGUGUCCUUCUCUCCAACUCUGGAUCAGCAAAGGAAAUGCUCAGACUGUGAUGGUACACAGAUAGAUGGAGAUUUCUUCAUCAACUACGAUGUCAAGCGUGCAGAGGAUCUUGGUGAUAUUCAGAUCGUGAACGGGUAUUUUGUACAUUUUUUUGCCCCAGCUGAUUUGCCACGAUUGCCAAAGAAUGUAGUGUUUGUGAUAGACACGAGUACCUCCAUGUCUGGAACAAAAAUGCGCCAGACUCGAGAGGCACUGCUGACCAUUCUCAAUGACUUGCCUGUGGAAGAUUACUUUGCCCUGGUAGCUUUUUCAUCUGAUGUUGUAACAUGGAGACCAUCAUUGCAGAAAGCCACAGAGGAAAAUGUGAAGGAGGCAAAAGCCUUUGUUCAAACCCUAUAUGCAAAUGGCUGGACGAAUAUGAACGCGGCUGUUUUGCGUGCUGUGGACCUGUUGAAUGAAGCCAAGGAACAAAACACUCUCCCAGAAAACAGCACAUCAAUAAUCCUCCUCCUGACUGACGGAGACCCAACCAAGGGUGAAGUGAAUCCAGAAAAAAUACACAAAAAUGUCCAGAAUGCUAAUCAUGGAAAUAUAACCAUCUUUUGCUUGGGCUUUGGCUAUGAUGUAAAAUUUGGUUUCCUGGAAGUUAUGGCCAAGCAGAACAACGGUGUGGCUCGUAGAAUCUAUGAAGCAUCAGAUGCUGUGGUUCAGCUGCAGGGAUUCUACAAUGAGAUUUCAAACGUCCUCCUAGCAGAUGUGAAUUUCCAUUAUCCGGACAAUACAGUAAACUCUGUCACUGGCAGCCACUUUAAUCAGCUGUUUAACGGCGCUGAGAUUGUCGUAGCAGGUCGACUGAACGACAUCGAAAUGAACGACUUUCCGAUCGAAGUAUCCGCUCAGUCGGUAAAUAACGAGUAUGUGGUAAAAGGCCAGGCUAGUGCUCAGGACUGGAAUAUCAUCUUCCCUGACGAAGAGUACAUCUUUGGGGAUUUCACAGAGCGCCUCUGGGCAUACCUGACCAUCCAGAAUCUUUUGGACAAGAAAGACAAGGGUUCCCCUGAGGAGAAGAAAAAUGCCACAGCAGAAGCUCUGGAGCUCGCUCUGAAAUAUAACUUCGUCACUCCACUCACCUCCAUGGUGGUCACUAAGCCUAAAAAUGAAGAAAACCAAGAGGAUAAAUUAAUUGCUGACAAGCUGACCGAGGAUGAGCGUCGGGCUGAUGCACAAGUUCGGAUUCCUGCAACUAUAUCUCAUCCCACUACUUCACACAGGACUUACACUUCAUCAUCUGUAAACUGGGUUGAUUCAGACCCACACUUCAUCAUUGAGUUCCCAGACCAAAAUGAUGCAUUCUGCUUCAACAUCAACGACACACCAGGCACCAUCUUUAACCUGAUCAAAGAUCCACUGACCGGUAUCAUGGUAAAUGGUCAAACCAUUGGGGACAAGAAGAUAGACCCUGAGAAAACAGUAAACACCUACUUUGGGCGCUUUGGAAUCAUUCAUGCAAAGUUUGGCAUCAGAUUGGUGGUGACUACACAGGACAUCUUGGUGUCUGAACAGGGCAAACAGGCUAAACUCUUCUGGUCUGAAAAUACCACCAUCAAAGGGCCCAAUAUGGACCUGCAUGUAACCAAAGACCGCAGUCUUACAGUGACCUUGAGGAACUCGAUGAAAUUUGUUAUAAUUCUACACAAAGUGUGGAAGAAACACCCUUACCACCAGGACUACUUGGGCUUUUACACCCUGGACAGCCACCUGUUUUCACGAAGAGUUCACGGUCUACUUGGACAGUUUUUCCAUGGUGUAACAUUUGAAGUUAGUGAUGUCUUUCAAGGGGAAGACCCAGACAAACCAGAUGCCAAUAUGUUUGUGAAGGGCCACAAUCUCACAGUGACCAGGGGCUGGCAGAAAGACUUCAGGAAGGAUGUGAAGAAAGGAGAAAACGUGCCCUGUUGGUUCAUUCAUAAUAAUGGCACAGGGCUUAUCGAUGGAGUCAUUGGAGACUACAUUGUCUCUGGACUCUUCAAGACAACCUGAGAGAGGACACGAGGCUAAAAUGUACCUGCCUAGAUUGCAACGGACAAACACAUUUUUUCCUAAUUAAUUACUGAUCACAUAGAGCUAAGGGGAAACCAUCCUAUUUCAUUAAGAUGACCUUGUUUCCUUUGAAUAUGUACAAGCUUGCUUCAUAUUAAACAUCUCUGACAACUGCAAAAAAAA